ACUUAAAGCAAGUGUAGAAGGAGCCAGGGCUCAUUCUGUGCCAAGCAGCCAAUAUUUUUCAGUAUAUGAUAGUUUCCUAUUUUUUGCCGGGGGGUAAACUCCUGAGGAGCGAAUGAAGAAACAAAUCCUACUUUUGUUCACAUUCAGAGGACUAGUAAGCAAAGGGAAGAAGGGGAAAAAGAGAAAAUGGCCAAUUUUAUAUUGAGGAAAGCGGAACCUAAAGAUGUGACUGAUAUCUUACGACUCAUAAAGGAACUUGCCAAAUUUGAGGAAAUGGAGGAGCAGGUCAAGCUGACAGAAAAAGAUCUACUUGAUGAUGGUUUUGGGGAUCAUCCAUUUUACCACUGCCUGGUUGCGGAAGUACCAAAAGAACAACAAGGCUCACAAGAUGGUCACAGUGUUGUAGCCUUUGCAAUGUACUACUUUACCUAUGACCCUUGGAUUGGGAAACUGCUGUAUUUAGAGGACUUUUAUGUCAUGGAAGAUUACCGAGGUUUUGGUAUUGGCUCUAAAAUCCUCAAGGUGCUCAGUGAGAUUGCUGUUAAGACCCGCUGUAGCAGCAUGCACUUCAUUGUUGCAGAAAACAACACAAAGUCCAUUGACUUUUACAAACGCAGGGGAGCAGCUGACCUGUCCUCUGAGGAGGGCUGGCGACUUUUUGCAAUAAACAAAACGGACCUAGUGAAAAUGACUGCAAAAUAAAAUGUAUCUUUGUUUUGAUAACUAAUAUACAUGAUUUGAAUUAUUACAUAAGAAAUCAAUCUUUGAACAUCCAGUGAUGAUGUAAUUUGUUUUUAUUGCCAUAUCUAAACUAAUCCACAAAUCUGUAGGGUUAUUAAGCUAUAUAGGCACAAUCAGAUUUAUUGUCUUUAUGUAUUUUAUGUUUUAUUAUUUUAUGACAUAAUAAAAUGAGGCUGAUGUCUAACUUCCA